CUCUGCAUAAGAAUUUCAAUUAGGAUCAGAUGAGCGGCGACAACACAGAAAGAGUUACAUCAGUCGCAGUAAUAUUCCAAUUUGACGGUGCUUUAUGUAAAAAGUUCAAUAAUAGCAUAGUCCGUCAGAAAAGUGUGAUGAGAAGUUAUGGGAAUGGUCAGCCAGUUGGAUUUGCAGAAGAAGUUAUAUGUUUAACUGGUGAUUGGAAACGAAAUACAACUAUAGGGGUCCUUCAUUUCGACUCAGUUGAAGCAGCACAAAGGUGGCUUAACAGUGAUCCGAUUUUUCGCCAGCAUGAUUGGCUUGAUGAUGCAGAAAUUUGGAUUGUACCUUUAUUAUCAGAGAUUAAACCAUGGAAAUACUUACAGAUGAGUUUCCUGAAAAUUGCUAACGAAGAUGAAUUCAAGCAUCAAUAUUUACCUAAUUAUGGAGAAUCAGUUACAAGUUUUGGAGGAGUACCGUUUGUUUGUUCAACUUCAGACGUUGAAGUUCGUCGGGGAAUAAAAGAAAUUGACUAUCUAAUUAUGACAGAAUGGCCUGAUGAAGAGAGCGCUCUAAAGUGGAGUCGUAGUCCUGAAGCAGAAGGUCUAAGAAACAAGCAGAACAUCGUCACUGAACGUUCAACAAUCUUAGCAAUGAUACGCCAAAACUACUAGUAUAUUUAUACUCACGAAAUUCAAGUGUGUACAAAUGUAAAGGGAAGUUUUCAUGACAAUAAAUAUAUUGUAUAAUGUGCAUGCAUCAAAAAUGCACUAACUGAAAUCCGUGACUUCAAAUUUUACAGUUGUAUGUACUACUCUUCAGGAGAGAUAUUAAGCU